UAUGGCGGCAUUUCUAAAGCAGUAAACUUUCCUUGUCGUCUCGUUCCAUAAAAUCUUCGUCGCAUUUUCACUUUGCUAGUUCCUAAUCAGAAAUCAAGGAUGUUGAGACAAAGCAUAUAUCGUUUAAAACUACCCAAGACGUUCCUUCAAGUGACUUGGCCAGGGAGAUUAGCAGCGCACUUUGAGGUGAGGCCCAUCCCCAAUGUCUCUCAAAAUAGAACUGUGAUACGCUUUGCAAGAAAUCCAGUUACACGGGCUGAAGAACAGAAAUCAAAUAAAAAGUCAUUUGAUGAAGCUUUUGAACGAACAACUAAGAGAGGACCUGUGACAUGGGCUUCCUUAGCACUUGUCGCACUUGCCGGCGGAGGUCUCCUGCUUUAUGUACGUUAUCUUAAGGAGGAAAAGGAACGAAUCAAACAAAAGGAAAAGAAUCGCUCAAUAGGAAAAGUUGCUCUUGGUGGACCAUUUAGUUUGACAGAUCAUAACGGAAAAGCUGUGACUGACAAAGAUUUCCAUGGCAAAUGGAUCUUGCUGUACUUUGGCUUUACCCACUGUCCUGAUAUCUGUCCAGACGAGCUGGAAAAAAUGGGACAGGCCAUUGACAUUGUCGACAAGCAAAAAGAGUCGCUGGGUGCAGAACUCCAACCCUUGUUCAUUACAGUUGAUCCCAUGCGGGAUGAUGUUGAGGCUGUAAAACAAUAUGUGCAAGAGUUUCAUCCCCGUCUCCUUGGUCUGACAGGUUCACUUGAGCAAGUGCAACAGGUCUGCCGGGCUUACAGGGUGUAUUUUAGUCAAGGACCAGCAGAUGAGGACAAUGACUACAUUGUUGACCACACCAUCAUUCAAUACCUUGUGGAUCCAACAGGUGAAUUUGCUGAAUAUUUUGGACAAAAUAAGACAGCAGAGGACAUUGCUACGGGGAUUACAAAACACAUGAUUUCAUACAAACUCAAACAACGUAAUAAAAAGCAAACAAAUGUUUAAGUAUUUAAAUGCUACAAAAUCAGCCGGCCUUGCAAGAAAUGACCAGAAAAAAAGCAAGAAGAAUCAGAUGAUAUUCAAGAAAACCAAGUGAUUUUUGGACGACUGUCAUUAAUUUCUUAUAUCAUAUCGUAAAUAAGUAAUUUAGUGUAUCAAGAUAUCGCUGCGUACAUGUUGCCAAACCACUUCAUAUAAAAGAGUGCCAAACUUCAAAAUAAAAAAAAAAUCCAAAUUUCAGUUUGAAGAGUACAGAAAAACAAAGAGCACUGCUUGAGAGUAUUUUGUAAUAUCUUUUAUUUGCAUGGCCACACACUAGGGUUUCAAUCUACAAACUACAAGCACCACUUUGUAGAGCAAGACAUUAUUAACAGUACUACAUAAAUUAACAGUACUAUAUAAAGGUACUGCUGAUUUGCUUUCAUUUGUGUGGUAACUUACAAGCCAAAAUUCGUCUACAAAUGCCAGAACCACUUUGUACAGCAUAAUAAACAGCACUACAUGAAA